AUGGCUCGGAAAAGGAGUGGACGCUCGAAGAAAAAUGCCAGUGAGGACCAGCCUCAGACUCCAGCCGCUGUUCCUGAGGAGGACCAGCCUCAGACUCCAGCCGCUGUUAUUGCGGACGAACAGCCUCAGACCCCAGCCGCUGUUCCUGAGGAGGACCAGCCUCAGACCCCAGCCGCUGUUUCUGACGAGGACCAGCCUCAGUCCGCGCCUGACUCGGCUGUCGAGGACUCGUCUCCCGACGCCGGUAUCUGUGAACUGCCUUCUGCGCAGCACGGUGGUGAAGCCUUACCGAAGAAGACACAGGCGAACUCAGCUGCUCCAGAGGUCCCCGAAGAAGCUGUUUCGCAAGAUGAGAAACCGUUGAGUGUCGCUGCCUGCCCGCGCGCGAUGUCGGAGUCUCACGACGAACCCGCUGCUCCCGAGGUAUGCGGCGGGCCAGGCAAGUCUCCUCAGGAGAGCCUCGCCUGUUCGCAGAGAGAAGAGGCGCCUUCGACUCCAGCAGCCGCUGACUCAGUCGCGCCAACCCUGCCUGAAGAUGCCGCACAAGAUGCAAAGUCGGAUGAAGGGAGAACGCCUGUGUGGCCUUCGACGUACGUAUGGGAAAGAAUGGAAGACGGCGAAGACCGUUCGUUAGAAUCAAACUACUGCCUGCCUCAGACUACCUUCGAGGCCACCCUGCCUUGGACAAGGACUGAGUAUACCUGUGGAUUGUGCGCACCGUCCUCAACGUUUAUUCUGCCAACGUCGACACCGAUUCCCGCGGAUCUCACCCGAUACGAAGGCCCCGACUGCAAGAUUAUUACGACUCGCACGCGGCGAUACCCUCUCAACAAAGCGUCUUUUGUUGAUCAAGUGAACGUCGCUCAAGACCAGGGCAGUCCGUGGACUCUGGUACAAGCAGUUGCUUCCAAGGGCUUCGAAUUCGCGCAAGCAAGGGGCUUUUGGAACAUGGCGAAGGAGGUAAGGCGCGGCUGGUGCGAAACGGGUUAUUAUCCCGUUGUUGAGGUUCGCAGUCCCAACAAGAAGCGACUGGCAAACCGCGUGCCUCUGAUUAUUUACCACUCGGAUUAA